AUGCGAUUAAUUAUGGCACAAAUAUACAAUGUACCAACAACAAAAACAUUUUCAGAAGAAACUCCAAUACCUGAAUUAGGAGUUGAAACACCACAACCUGAAGAAUUACGUGUUGAACUUAAUCCAAUAAGUGGUGAACGACCAUUAACAGCGAUAACAUAUCGAAUAUUUCAAGAACGUGAUUUAAUAAGAACAUUUUCUAUUGAACCUCAUAAAUUACUUUCCUACUUAUUCGCACUUGAAGAUAGUUAUCAACAAGUGCCAUAUCAUAAUAAACUUCAUGGAGCUGAUGUUUGUCAGUCAAUGCAUGUCUUGCUCAAUAGUUCGGGAAUCAAAGACGUGUUCAACGAAUUCGAGAUCCUGGCGGCGAUAUUCGCAGCAGUAGUGCACGAUGUCCACCAUUCCGGUCUAACAAAUCCAUUUUUAAUUAAAACUAAAAACGAUUUAGCGAUUCUGUACAAUAAUGAAAGUGUACUUGAAAAUCAUCAUGUAGCUGUUGCAUUUAAAUUAUUACAAGCUGAUGAAAGAAAUAUUUUUUCAAAUUUAUCAGCUGAGCAAAUGGAGACAUUACGUAAAAGGGUUGUUGACAUGGUCUUAGCAACUGAUAUGGCUAAACAUAAGACAUUGUUAGCUGAUUUCCAAAACUUACUUGAAGCAAAAAAGAUGUCGGGAAAUGAUUAUCUCACGCUGGAAUCAUAUGAUGAUCGAAUUCUGGUGUUGAAAAACUUGAUACAUUGUGCUGAUCUAUCAAAUAUGACAAAACCAUUAGAUACAUAUUCUAAAUGGAUUGAUCGAUUAAUGGUAGAAUUUUGGAAACAAGGUGAUGCAGAACGUGAUCUUGGUUUGGACAUCUCACCUAUGUGUGUGAGAAGUCCAACUACGAAAGACAAGCAUCAGAUUGGUUUUAUUAACUCUUUUGUACAUCCAUUAUGGGAAACAUGGGGAAGUUUGGUAUAUCCAGAUGCAAAUACUAUUUUGGAAACAUUAGCACAAAACCGUGAAUGGCAUGAAGCUAGCCUUGCAGCUUUAACAUCUUCAACAACUGAUAAUUCGUAA